GGUUGGUGUAUCCUAGGCACGGACAUAGCACCAGACUAAGUGAGGUCUGUCCCAGGCUGGUGUAUCCUAAGCACGGACAUAGCAGCGCUGAAAUCUGGCCUUCAGCGUCUAAAGCCCGGGUUCCACUGGGGGUAUGUAUGCUCCUACUAGACUAAGAAAACUCUUAAAGACGGGCCGGAGGCUCCACUGCUGCUAUGUUCCUACUAAGAAAGUCUGAAUCUUCUGGCCUCAAAGGUGGUCACAUUCAGGCUAGCUUAGUACAAACAUUGCACCAAUGAGCCUGACCCCAACAGCUUUGUGCAGCUGAGUCUGAGCCUGAGGAAAAAAACAUGUGUACCUUCUCAAUCUGUCCAAGAUAAAUUGUCUUCUAUGUUCCUCCUGAUCAUAUCCCUAAGAGAUCGGACUCCUCGUGGUAUCUCCUAAUUCUAUCCCCUCUGAAAUCCCCCCCUCCUGAUGGUAUUUUUAAGUUGAGACUCUUGAGAGUCUCUGGAAGAUCAAUCCCCCCAUUUUUUUGUCAAUAAUAACUUAACAAGUAUUAAUAAGUAAUAACAACACAGACUUGUAUUUAAGUCUGAACAAGCAGAUCUGAUUCAGUGUUUCUUUUUUAAGCCCCCGUGAGUAGGAGUUUUCGACUGCCAAAACGCUACUAGAUAACUUUGGAGUCUUGGAGUCUCCUCGAGAAGACAAGCCUUUGUGCGGAAUCUUACCAUUAUGUAUACACAAUUUGGGAGUUUCCAGAUUGGGAAUCUCUGCUUUCGGAGUUUCUGAUGUGGAAUUUCCAAUUUGGGAAACCACCAGCAACAGACUGAUCACAGUUCCUAUGAGUCCGAGGAGCCUCGCAAGAGUCUCGUACGUCUUAAGUCACUUAGAGAAGUACCGAAAGUCCCCCCAAGUCCCAGAAGUCCUAAGAGUCUGUAUGUAGUCUUGAGCCUUUGGUCAGACUCUCCAGUACUUAGUCUACCGGUAGGAGAUCAAGUGUGGGCCUUAAACCACCACUACCUGUGAGCCUCAGCGCCUCUCUUUGCCGAGGCGGAUAGGUUGAGCCUGCACGCCAAAGAGAAAUGAAUGAACCGCAAUGACGGCGGCGUUCUUUCUUUCAUUUUUUUGUUGUGGCUGGCGCCGCCAUCCACUUUGGUCCAGUAACACUUGUUCAUCUAAAGUCUUCCUAACGCUGCAUUAAAUUUAAAUUUUCGAUUUUCGAUUCUCGACUUUGCCUGGCCACUGGGGAAGGUCCUGGUGGUUCAAGUUCGGGACCAGGUCCUGCAGAAGAUGCUUUUCACGACUGGAAUGACCAGCACUACAUGCAAUCAUGGCCGUUGAAACUUGAAAGCCGUGACUGUGUGUAACGGGGGCCAUCACCGUCGAUACCGUCACUAAAAGUUUGGCUGUUGCAUUACGCGAAGAGAGCUUCUGGGGGCGAAAUGGGGCUUGAGUAGUGACAUCCUUGGUUGGAACUCGUACUAAGUUGUCGGACUCUCUCUCAAGGUGCUGAAAUUUAAGAUGAUUAGUCUCAAGGUGUAUACCUUUGGAGGGGGAUGACCACGAUGUUCUUAUGAAGUGUGGACUUAGUCUCAUGGAUGAAGUGUGGACUUAGUCUCAUGGAUGACGUGUCUCAUGGAUGAAGUGUGGACUUAGUCUCAUGGAUGAAGUGUGGACUUAGUCUCAUGGAUGACGUGUCUCAUGGAUGAAGUGUGGACUUAGUCUCCAUGUACUGUCUCAUGGAUGAAGUGUGGACUUAGUCUCAUGGAUGACGUGUGGACUUAGUCUCAUGGAUGAAGUGUGGACUUAGUCUCAUGGAGGUUGAGACACUUGGAACUCCUGGUCUCAUAGAUGUUGAGCUAGUACGGAGUCUCAUGGAUGUUGAGACGCUUGGGACUGUUGGUCUCAUGGAUGUUGGGACACUUGGGACUCUUGGUCUCAUGGAUGUUGAGACACUUGGGACUCCUGGGACUUCUUUGGCUCCAAACAAAGGCCUGCCAGUGGGCUUGCAACGAGGACCUGUCACCGAAUGAAACGGUCCUUGUUCUAUGACAUGCAGAAAUAGACUCUGACUCUCUGAGUUCACUCAUGAAUGAAUUCUUGCUCGCACCGCACUGAAAAGGGGCCCAGCUGGGUUGCAAUCUUAGUAUGAUUCUUUUUCCUUUUUUUCUUUUUUCCUUUUUUCCUUUUUUUUUUAGUAUGAAAUAUUGUAGAUUGGAUUCUGCUAUAAUAUUGUCUAGAGUCCCAUUUGAUGCUGAACUUCAUGGACUGCAUCUCAGUUCUUGUUUCCAAAGGGACGGGAGGGGCUAGUAUUGAAAAGAAAGGAGUCUCAGAAUUAAAUUUUACCAAUGCACAAAGAAAAGAGGAGAAUGAAUGAAACCUUACUCG